AUGCUGCAGCUGUCACUGGCCCUGCUGCUCUUUCUGGCUCUUUUUGCCAGCUUAGAAACAGCACCAUCCUCAUCAUCUGGAGCCAAGCAGGAGAAAUAUGUGCGGGUAUACGAAAUCAAUGAGGAGCAGUACCAGCGGGUUUUGCAGCUGACCAAGGGCAAGAAUGUCAUAUCAGAAGCUCGGUUGAUCAAUGGUGGCUUCGCCACCGUAAGUGAUACCUUGAGUUCCGGAUGGAACUCUCUUCUACGCAUCGUGGGCCUCACCACGCUCAGCAAGGCCGAUGAUACGGAGAAGGUGGACUUCGAUGGUCAGCCCUUGUGUGUGAUCAAAUCUCGAGAGGGCGAGGGCAGGGAGGAGGAUGUGCCAUCCGCACGAAGCUCGGCUAGAGACAUUGAAGCCGAAGAAGAAGAUUCCGCCAUCCACUGCAUAGUGGUGCUCAAGAAGGAUGUCGAAUUUGAGCUCCCAACCCUGGAUCCUCAUCCAAAUUAUGCCCAAUAUUGGAACAAACCUGAGACGUCUAACCCUGUGGCGGAAACCCCUGUACUCACUCAGUCUUCAGAGGUUCUUAAGGAGGAAGAGGCAGUGGAGACGGAGACCAGGAUACAAGCUCCAUUGAAAAAGAAAAUGGUUAACAAAAGUAUUUAUCCAAGGGCAGGCGCUUUGGGAGAAGACUCUGAUGGUUCCCGGCAAUAUGGCUAUCCUCCAAUGCCACCCCAAUAUGGAACGCCGUAUCCACCACCUCCCUCCUAUGGUGGCUAUCCGUACAGUCCCUAUCCCAACCCUCCGCCUUAUCCAAACCCUCAGCCAUAUGGACCCCAACUGCCGUAUGGACCAUCGCCAUAUGGACAACCUCCUUAUGGAUUGUACCCCCAACAGCCCUAUGGUCCCCAGCCCCCCAUUCCACCUUACAGUCCGCAGCCCUAUGGACCCUAUGGAUAUCCCUACUUGGAUCAGAACCAGUUGGCUCAAGUAAAUGCCCAAAAGGAAGUGGAGAAACUCGAGGCUGACGAUGACGAAGAAGAAGAUGAAGACUCCUACGAGACUGAAGAUGAAAAUGACUAUCGCUACAAGAACCGUUUAUACUCCUACAAUCCUGUGUACCUUCAACAAUCUUAUAAUAACUAA